UCUUGUUGCAAAGCCCUUUCUUGUCGGCGGGACUCUUGGGGGCUGCGGGGCGGGAGGCAUCAGAAGGGAGCAAGAGAGGGAGGGGAAGGAGGGAGGCAGUGCCGCCUUUUUUUUGCAUCAAUUUUUUAAAUUUGCAAAUUUAUAUUUUGCAAAUAUUUUGGGAGACAUUGAUUUUUCUGCCCGUGCUCCCCCCGUUCUUUCCUGUGGAGUGCGCUGCGCCGCCUAGCCCUGUCGCCCCCCGGAGGUGAUCCCUCCCUCCUGCCCGCCCGCCAGCCUGACCUGUGCCUGGCUCGCGGGCCGCAGCCUCGGCCCCGGCGCGCCCCCGGCCGCUCUCGGCGCGAUGAGCAUAGAGACGCUACUGGAGGCGGCCCGCUUCCUGGAAUGGCAAGCGCAGCAACAACAGAGAGCACGUGAGGAGCAGGAGCGACUUCGUUUGGAGAGGGAGCGGGAGCAGGAGCAGAAGAAGGCCAGGCUGGCACAUGCCCUGCCCGUGGAAGAACCCCGAAUUGAAGCACCACCCCUGCCCCCACCCCCACCACUGCCCCCCGCAGCUCAGCCUCUGCCCCUGGCUCCUCGGCAGCCAGCCCUGGUCAGUACCCCUGGACUCACCAUUAAGGAGCCUGCCCCGCUGCCUAGCAGGCCUCAGGUGCCCACCCCCGCUCCCCUCCUGCCGGACUCGAAGGCCACCGUUGCUCCCACGGGCAGCCCCAAGCCUUUGCAGCCCCUCCCCACGCCCAUCCUGACCAUAGCGCCGCACCCUGGAGUCCAGCCUCAGCUGGCCCCCCAGCAGCCGCCCCCACCUACGCUUGGGACCCUGAAGUUGGCACCAGCUGAAGAAGUCAAAUCCAGCGAACAGAAGAAGAGGCCCGGGGGGAUCGGAACCAGAGAAGUCCACAACAAAUUGGAGAAAAACAGGAGGGCCCAUCUGAAGGAAUGCUUCGAGACCCUGAAGCGCAACAUCCCCAAUGUGGACGACAAGAAGACCUCGAAUCUGAGCGUGCUGCGGACGGCGUUGCGGUACAUCCAGUCCCUGAAGAGGAAGGAGAAGGAGUAUGAGCAUGAGAUGGAGCGGCUGGCACGGGAGAAGAUCGCCACACAGCAGCGGCUGGCAGAGCUCAAGCACGAACUGAGCCAGUGGAUGGACGUGCUAGAGAUCGACCGUGUGCUCCGACAGACGGGCCAGCCUGAGGAUGACCAGGCUUCCACCUCGACAGCCUCUGAAGGUGAGGACAACAUAGACGAGGACAUGGAGGAGGACCGGGCAGGCCUGGGCCCACCUAAGCUGAGCCAUCGUCCCCAGCCGGAGCUGCUGAAGUCGGCCCUGCCUCCCCCCAGUGCCACCCCAACACCUCUGCCUCCCCACCCGCACCCGCACCCGCACCCAGUGGCACUGUCUCCUGCCCAUCUGCCUGUACAGCAGCAGCCUCCACCGCAGAAGACCCCUCUGCCAGCCCCUCCUCCCCCACCGGCCGCCCCAGCCCAGACACUGGUGCCGGCGCCUGCUCAUCUGGUGGCCACGGCCGGGGGUGGCUCCACGGUCAUUGCCCACACAGCUACCACCCAUGCCUCAGUCAUUCAGACUGUGAACCAUGUUCUCCAGGGGCCGGGUGGCAAGCACAUCGCCCACAUCGCCCCCUCGGCCCCCAGCCCUGCUGUGCAGCUGGCACCUGCCACGCCCCCCAUUGGCCACAUCACAGUGCAUCCUGCCACCCUCAACCAUGUGGCCCACCUCGGUUCGCAGCUGCCCUUGUACCCGCAGCCUGUGGCGGUGAGCCAGCCCGUGGCGGUGAGCCACAUUGCCCACACACUCUCACACCAGCAAGUGAAUGGCACAGCCGGGCUGGGGCCCCCAGCCACCGUCAUGGCGAAGCCAGCUGUGGGGGCCCAGGUGGUGCACCACCCCCAGCUGGUGGGCCAGACAGUGCUCAACCCUGUGACGAUGGUCACUAUGCCCUCCUUUCCAGUCAGCACGCUCAAGCUGGCUUGAGGAUGAGGCCACUCAGAGGCCCCCAGUGGGGGCAAGGAGGGGGACCUGUCCCCCCUCUCCCACCCACCAGCUCCACACAUUCCAGCCA